AUGGGAUGCGAUCUUUCUUUGCAUCCUACCCCUGGGGGGCGGGUUUGCUUCUCGCCGGAUGAUCCCAACGUUGUUGCGGAUUCUGUCGCUGAUGUGGUACUUCAGGGUAUGGAACUUUUUAUUCCUUCCUCUGUGGUGCCCAUUGGAGGCAAAUCUCAGCCAUGGUUUGGUCGCUCCUGUAAAAUAGCAUCAUGCUAUAAGCAGGAGUGCUACCGAGCCUGGGCUGACGCUUCAGCUUCCAGGGAUGUAAACACCAGCGCUCUAAAAAAGAAGUAUAAUUCCGCCUCUAGGUCCUUCAAAAGAGUCAUUGCCAAGGCAAAGUCAGAGCACAUAGGCAGAAUUGGCGAGAAACUAGUUCGUCUUCCUUCUGGAACCCGUGCAUUCUGGUCUCUCGCCAAGGCUGUCCAGGGGAAUUUCUGUCAGCCAUCUCUUCCAUCUCUGCACAGGGAGGACGACUCACUGGCCCACACCGCAAAGGAGAAAGCCGAUCUUCUAGGCUCUUUCUUUGCGUCUAACUCGACUCUCGAUGACGGGGGGAGUACGCCGCCGACCAUCCCGCGGUGUGAGUGCUCCAUGCCGGAAGUGCAGUUCACUCAGCGCUCGGUUCGCAAAGCACUCCUCUCCCUGGACAUCUAUAAGUCGAGUGGGCCUGAUGGAAUCCCCCCAAUUGUGCUGAGGACGUGUGCUCCAGAGUUGGCACCGGUUUUAACGCGUCUUUUCCGGUACUCCUACUCCCUAGGCGUAGUCCCAAAAUCAUGGAAGACGGCUUUCGUCCACCCGAUCCCUAAAAAAGGCGACCGCUCAGACCCGUCCAACUACCGGCCUAUCGCCAUCACCUCCUUGUUCUCCAAAACAAUGGAGUCCAUUGUAAACUGCCAGCUCAUGAGGUACCUUGAGGAUCACCAGCUGAUUAGUGACCGCCAAUACGGUUUUCGCCGUGGUAGGUCAGCUGGUGAUCUUCUGGUCUACCUAACUCACAGAUGGGCGGAGGUAGUAGUAGAGUGGAGUAGAGUCCAAGGGGGAGGCAUUGGCCAUCGGAGCAUCAAGGUCGUUGUAGACGGUGCGAGCUCCGAUUGCAAGCUUAUUAAUGCUGGUGUUCCACAGGGCUGCGUGCUAUCGCCAACGCUGUUUCUUCUGCAUAUCAAUGAUAUGUUGCAAACCCGUAGCAUUCAUUGCUAUGCAGAUGACAGCACUGGUGAUGCUCUUUACACCGGCCGAGCCAAUAUUUCUCGGGAAAACGUCUCUGAGUGCCGGGACAAAUUUGUGUCUGAAGUCGAGUCUCUGCUGGACAGAGUCUCGGAUUGGGGGCGACUAAAUCUAGUCCAGUUUAACCCCCAGAAGACACAAGUUUGCGCGUUAACCGCUAAAAAGAACCCCUUUGUCGUAUCCCCUCAGUUUCAAGGCACUCCCCUUGUUGCCUCAGCCAGUAUCGGAAUCCUCGGCGUCGACAUAUCGAGUGACGUGCAAUUUCGUGGUCACUUGGAAGGGAAGGCCAAAUUGGCCUCUAAAAAGCUUGGCGUGCUCAGCAGAGCGGGACAGUAUUUCAUGCCGGCACACCGCCUGCAACUUUACAAGGCGCAGGUUCGGCCGCUCAUGGAAUACUGUUCCCAUUUCUGGGCUGGGGCUCCCCAGUACCAGCUCCUUCCACUUGACCGCAUCCAGCGCAGAGCGGCUCGAAUCGUCGACGACCGAGUGCUUUCCGAUCGGCUCGACUCACUGGCGCUGCGAAGAGAUGUUGCAUCUCUUUGCGUAUUUUAUCGCAUCUAUCACGGGGAGUGCUCUGAGGAAUUGUUCGGAUUAAUCCCAGCCGCCAAAUUUCGUGAACGCACUACACGGCAAACGUCCCGAUACCAUCCACACCAUCUGGAUGCUUGGCGGUCCACCACUGUACGUUUCAAAAGGAGUUUUCUUCCGCGUACAACCUCUCUGUGGAAUAAUUUACCACCGGUGAUUUUUCCGGACCGAUACGACCUGGGGACCUUCAAGAAAAGAGCUUACUCCUUUCUAAAGGGCCGGCAACGCACCUGCAAUUCCCCUGGUGUUGCGGUUGAUCAUGGGCGGCGGUAG